GAAACACUCUGCUGCUGAGAACCUCAACAAAGCUUUCACCAUGGCGUACUAUGCUGGGACUCCUGAGGAUCCCAAUGCUUUGGUCCAGAACAUCAGCUCCAACAUCCAGAGGAUCACGCUUCUGACCUCAGAGCUGCAGAGAGCAGUGCACCUGCUGGGUACUGACCAGGACAGCAGCCAGCUCAGACAGAAUCUUCAACAGAAGCAGCAGCAGGGUAACCAGCUGGCAAAAGAUACUGAUAAACUGAUGAAAGUCUUCACUUCUCUUCCAAUUGGCCCAGACCAGCGGCAAAGGAAGCUACAGAAAGAGCGACUUCUGAACGACUUCUCCGCUGCUCUAAACAGCUUGCAGAAGACGCAGCGGGAGGCGGCCGACAGAGAGCGGGAGUUUGUGGCUCGAGUCAGAGCCGGCUCAAGACUAUCGGGAGGUCAGCCUGAUGAUGGCUUUGGAGAUGUACCUCAAAGUUAUACCCAGGUGCAGGCACAGACUGAGGCCAUCACUGAAGAAGAUCUGAGACUGAUCCAGGAGAGAGAGUCUUCUAUCAGGCAGCUGGAGUCUGACAUCACAGACAUAAAUGACAUCUUUAAGGACCUGGGCAUGAUGGUUCAUGAGCAGGGAGACAUGAUAGACAGUAUAGAAGCCAAUGUGGAGAGAGCAGACACCCACGUCCAGUCUGGCACACAGCAGCUUGCACGAGCAGCAGACUAUCAGCGGAGCUCCCGUAAGAAGAUAUGCAUCCUGAUGAUCGUGUUGGCUGUUGCUGCUGUUGUAAUAGGACUUGUCAUCUGGGGAGCCGUGAAAAAAUAAAACCUUCUUCUCAUCGCUGACAUAGAGAAACACGAUUCCUCUUAUCUGUAAUAAUCCUCUUUGCUCACCUUCUUUGACCCACCAUGAAAUGAGUCUGCCUUAUUUUUGAUAAUUUCAUUGUGGAUUCAGUGAAUGGUUUGUCUAAUUUCGAUGAUACGGUUUUGUUUUUUUAUUGACUCAACCACAACUUUUGUCAGAGUUUCCCUUCAAAUUAAAAAUUAGUUUUUAAUAUUAGAGAUGUCUCAUUGCAGUAAUGCAGUAUGGAGAUUAAUUAUCCUUGUAGUUCUUCUCCCCAUCAGUUUUAAAUGGAUAAUACACACAAAUCAAAUUCAAAUUAUAAUCUAAUCUCUGUUAUAUUCCAGAAGAAAAAUUCAGCUACUAAAUUCAUAUACAGUAGAGAAUGCAUAAGAAGCACAUUAACCUAAAAUGAGCUUAUUAAAUCUAAAUAAAAAGCUGCCUAACACUCCAGACAUUAGGGGACAGAUUUGAUUGUUAGGUUAUUUGUGUUUUUUUUUUUUCCCAAAUGAUAAGGUUUUUAAAAGAAUGUUGUUCUUUUUUGUCAAUCAAACAAUGUACAUACUGUCUAUCUUGUACAUAAUUCACCUGGUAACGGAUUAGUCAUUCUAUGAGAUGCGUUUUUAUACGUGUGUGUGGUUUAUUGUAACCUACGUACAUACGACGCGCCUGUACAUCUUUUCAAUUAUAUGAUUUCUAUUUGCAGGUUUAAGUUCAGAUUACAAUACUGAAUAAAUUACAGAACAGAAAAAAAGCACUGGUUGUCUUUUAAUAGAUGCAAGCGAUGUACAUAGGGAUAAAUUAAAAAAAUUGUGAAAAGGGUUUAAAGGUUAUUUUCACCCAGGACAGGAAUAUACAAAACCCAAAACCAGAAAAGUUGGCACGUU